GAGACUUAUAGAACAAUAUGGAAAGACAAGACAUAAAUUCUAUGUUAAGCCUAGAUGUCGAAAACAGCAACACCAGUUAUACCACCUUCUCUUCCUUUGUUGAUAAAACCCUAAUGAUGAUGCCUCCGUUAACAUAUUCCAACGAAGUAUUAGAGCCUUCUUCUUCUCCUUUUUCUUGGUAUCCAACGAGCCUCCAUGUGCAUGCGCCACCACCUGAGAAUGAUCAAAAGGGAGAGAAAGGGAAGAAGAAAGACAAAGAGAAGAGAUCGAGGAAAGUUCCAAGGAUUGCGUUUCAAACGAGAAGCGAUGAUGAUGUUCUUGAUGAUGGCUAUCGUUGGCGAAAAUACGGUCAGAAAUCUGUCAAGAACAAUGCUCAUCCAAGGAGCUAUUACAGAUGUACGUACCACACAUGCAACGUGAAGAAACAAGUGCAGAGAUUAGCAAAAGACCCGAACGUCGUCGUAACGACUUACGAAGGCAUUCAUAACCAUCCUUGCGAGAAGCUCAUGGAGACUCUCAAUCCUCUGCUCAGGCAACUUCAGUUCCUCUCCAGCUUCUCUAAUCUCUGAUUAAUUAAUACGUACUGGUGUAAUUAUUUAAUUUACAGCUGAGGUUUUAAUCAUCCCAUCCACGGACCUACAUCUCCCAAGUCACAAGUGUAUAGAAACAGAUUUGAAUCCAAA